CGGUGUUCAGUUGAGGACUGCAAGUCAAACGGAGUGCAUCAACCACUGCAAGUGGGCUGCGACUGCAUCGGUUAACAUGUCAGAUCGAUCAUCGAUGGGUUAGUGCCAACUUGAUCAAUUGAUCACCACCAUCUCACUUUCGUUUACACCACUAUUUUCUCGAACUUUCCCAACCUCAAUUGAUCAAAAAUGUCGCCCUCCUCCGCCUCAACCCCUCUCCUCUCGCGGGACCUCAACUCGCCCGAGCGCUCGACGCCGUCAUCCCCGACGCGCCUGCGCCCCAAGAUCGCAAACCGCAUGUCCUCCAGCACACCGCAGCCGGAGCGUCCCCACGUCGAGACGCACACGGGGCAGUACGACGCCGUCCUGCGCGACGUCAUCAUCGGCUUCUCCGACGGCUUGACCGUGCCCUUCGCCCUGACCGCGGGGCUGUCCUCCCUCGGCAACACCAAGAUCGUCAUCAUGGGCGGCCUGGCCGAGCUCUGCAGCGGCAUGAUCAGCAUGGGGCUCGGCGCUUACCUGGCCGCCGAUACCGAGCGCCAGCAUUGGGAAGCCGAGUACGCGCGCGAAUCCACCGAGGUCGACACGAUGCCGGGCAUGGAGCGGGCCGAGAUCCACGACAUCCUCGCCGACUACGGCAUCAGCCGGGCCGCCGCCGAGCCGCUCGUGCGGGAGCUGACGGCCGACAAGGCGCAGUGGGUGCGCUUCAUGAUGGACUUUGAGCUGCGCCUGCCCGAGCCCGACGCCGGCCGCGCCUGGGUGUCGGCCGCGACCAUGGGGCUGAGCUAUUUUGUCGGGGGGCUGAUCCCGAUGCUGCCGUAUUUCUUUCUGGACCGCACGGAUCGGGCGCUGCUGGUGUCGUGCGCGAUUACGGUGGUGAUCUUGUUGGUGUUUGGGUUUUUGAAGAACUGGGUUGCUAUCCGGACGCGCAAGGCGGGGGUCUGGGGCGCGGCGCAGACGUUGGUUGUGGGUGUGCUUGCGGCCGGGACGAGUUAUGGCAUUGUGCGGGCGUUGGACAACGCGGGGAGUUCGUGAUGGCUGCUAGGCUGGAUACUUAGGUGCGGGAUCAGGGUAGGGAAGGUACGUAGGAAUGGAAAAUGGCAUUCGGGGCGAGACUCUGAUUUCAGUAUUACAAUGGUACCUCGAAAAGGGAAACGAAAAUA